UUUUUAUCACACCAACCUCAUCUCUCUACAAUGGCAACAGUUACUCAGGAGUCCGAAGCACCCCUACCUUGUGUUUCAACUGAGUCUGAUGCCAAUGGAACUCCCCUGCCGAAUCAACUGCUGGAUGCAAACAAACGCAUCACCAUCUUUCAGAACAAUGUUAUUGCAGAGGGUGUAACCAUCAACAUAUCCUCGAGUCACUGCGACGGUUCCAGUGAGUUCAAGCUGGAAUACGUCGCUGGCGUUGCUGGAACUACUGAGCCUACGUCCUCGCAGCCUCCGUUAGCCAGACAGUUGGUACCAGUGGAAUACAGUCGCGAAAGUGUCAUAUUCAACGGCAACACUUUUGGCCAGUACGUUAUGAUCAACAUAGGAUCCCACAAUUGCACAGGAGCAGUCAAGCAAACUGCUCUUCCUAAGACCUCAAACCAAGUACGACAUUUUUGCGAAGCAAGGAAACCCUUUCGAGUCGUUACUUAGUUAAAGUCCUGUGUGGUCAUUCAUGAUCCUAUGUUGGACAUUGUAUUUUGCAUUUGAUACUCACUCUGCAUAUCUACCAAAUCUUCCGCUGCUUUCGAGGCAAAGAUGCACGUACAGCGGGAUCUGUUAGAUGCGGGAAGAGCGUACAUGCAAGGAAAAUCGGAGUGUAUUUGAAUCCAGCACCCGUUCCUGAGUCACCAAACACCAGCGUCCGCGCGUGCAUCUUCUGGAGCUUUUC